CGAAGCCCACACUAGCGUGAUUGCUGGGGCACAGAGGACUGGCUUGGACUCCCUCCUCCGUGGAGCAGGCGUCUCUCCGUGCUGUGGCUGCCCCUCCACCCUCUGGCUGUGGAGCUGACAGGAACAGGAGAGCAGAGGCUGCGGAGGAGCACGUGUAUCUAGAGAGGACCUGAGCUUUCACCGGCUCUGACCUCGGCAGGGACGUCCAGCCAGAAGGAGUGCAGUUUCUUGAGUGGAAAAACACAGGUUGGAAAAUUUAAUUUUUUUUUCCCUCACUGCCAUAUCCUACGUGCUUUUUCAUCUGUAUUUUGCCAGAGAACCUGGCUGCUAGGUGACUGUGGCUCUGGAAGCACCACAGGUGUGACGCACGCCUCGGAAGAAAGAGCUGACUGUCCUCUGGUCCACGGCCCUGGCGUAGCCGCCGAUUUCUGCAGUAGCAGAAAUUCUCAUUUGCCCAAAACGGGCCUCAGAUUGUGGGAAAGCUUGUUUUGUAUCUAAAAAAACUCGUGUGUAAAACCUGAAGGUCGCCACCUUCUAGUGGGUGGCUCCGUGUGUCCUGUUUGUGUGCCCGAAUGUCUCCUCCUGAGCCUGGGAUCACAGCAGAGCGGGCAGAUUAACAGUGUGUCGGGGGGAAGGGCGGGGAGGCCAGAUAAAGGGCCACGAGACUAAACACUGCCUCUAUCUCUGCGCCCCGUCAGCUGUGAUUGCCGCAAACAGUCCUUGAAUUGCAGGGGACGACGCGCACACACACACACACACACACACACACACGGACUCGCACUGAGAGUGGCUGAGGAGCACACCGGGAAUGGGAAGGUUCACCAGCGAACACAGAGGACUUCGCCGGUGUCCGCAGGCGAGGAGGGAUGGAACGAUGGGACAGGGGGUGUUGGAUGCUGCCGAGGGUCUGGGUGGGGCCUCCAUGCAUGCUUGCCCGAAACUCCAUCGCUGGAUGCUCCCAGUCCUGCUGCUACUACUCCUGCUGCCGCCUCGCCUGGAGGGGGCGCUGCACUCCAGCUUCCUGCAGCGGCGCCUCAGCGUGCGUGAGCGAAAGGAGAUGCAGCGGGAGAUCCUGUCCAUCUUGGGGCUGCCGGGCCGGCCGCGCCCCCACCCGCCACUGCGCCCGCCCUCGUCGGCGCCGCUCUUCAUGCUGGACCUGUACCGUGCCGUGUCCAGCGAGGGAGAUGACGACGACGCCCCAGUGCCGAAAUUCAGGCCUGAGCGCGUCAGCUACGGCACACUGCCCACACUCAGCACGCACGUGCCGCCUCUCGGCACCGUGGUCAGCGAGGCCGACACAGUCAUGAGCUUCGUCAACGUGGUGGAGCAAGAGCGCGACCUGCUGCAACCACGUCCCUACUGGAAGGAAUUCCGCUUUGACCUGACGCCCCUGCCGCAGGGCGAGACUGUGACGGCUGCAGAAUUCCGCAUCUACAAGACGCUGAGCCUGGGACACCGGAGCAACCGCACUCUGCACAUCUCCGUCUAUGAGAUUCUUCGUGAGAACAAGCACAGAGAGCCCGAGUUAGUACUGCUGGACCUGCAGUCAGUGCCGGCUGGCCAGGAGGGCUGGUUGGCUUUUGACGUCACCUCUGCCAGCAACCGUUGGCUCCUGCACCCACGCAGCAACCUUGGCCUGCGGCUGUACGUGGAGACGGAGGAGGACCGCUCGCUCUCCGCAGCAUGGGUGGGGCUGGUGGGUCGCCGUGGUCCACGCUCCAAGCAGCCCUUCAUGGUGACGUUCUUCCGGGCCAGCCAGGCCCCGUGCCGCCCCCCCCGUGCGCUCCGGCACAACGGCAACAACAACCAGGCCCGUAAGAGGAAGCCCAAGUACGACCUACCGCACCCCAACCGUCCCGGCAUUUUCGACAACAGCCAGCUGACCAGCGGCCGUCAGCCAUGCCAGCGGCACGAGCUCUAUGUCAGCUUUAGCGACUUGGGCUGGAAGGACUGGGUCUUAGCGCCUCGGGGAUAUUCUGCCUUCUACUGCGAUGGGGAAUGUCUGUACCCACUGGGCUCCUGCAUGAAUGCCACCAACCACGCCAUGAUCCAGCUGGUGGUCCACCUGCUGAAGCCAGACGAGGUGCCCAAAGCCUGUUGUGCCCCCACCAAGCUCAGCUCCAUCUCCGUCCUCUUCUACGACGACAACAACAACGUCAUCCUCAAGAAACACCGCAACAUGGUGGUCAAGACCUGCGGCUGCCUGUAACACUGCUCAUCCAAUCACAAGGCAGAUGAAGCUCUUGUGUCCGCCCCCCCCCCAUGGGCUCACAGCCACGGCAUUGGCCGACGGCAGUGAAUGGAAGGAGGGGCCUGUUACGGUUGAAGGAUAUGCCAUGCAUGUGUAACCUCUGGCAGUUCAUCCUUUUGGUUAUUAUGUAACAAGGUAGGCUUGCAUGAGGGACAGAACAAAUUAGACACUAUGCUUUUCCGAAUGUUUUAUUACCGUUAUAGCCUAACUGGAAAAUUACAGGGAUAUUAAAAAUGCAGUAUUCUUGAAAGCUCUUAGUGCAGCGGUGAUAUUUUCAAAAUACAGAUUAGCUGUCCUCACGAACAGCAGGUGUGGUUCUGAACUACACAUCCCUUGAAGUAGCCCUGAGUGUUCACUGUGAAGGUUUAAGGGAAAUGGCACUUAAGUAUAGUUUGCUAAGCUGAUGUCACUAUACCAUAACAAAAUGUUAAUCUAUAUAAACUUAUGUACAAUAAUUAAAAAAAUCUAAACACCAAGUAUAUACACAUUAA